AAAGGGUAUUCUCGUCAUUUCCCAAAGCCACCACCUAAAGUGCUGACUCCUAUAAUACCAAGAGAGAAAAAAAAACGGACAACCAUAGCCAUAGCCAUAGCCAAAGUAGCAGUAGUCGACCUCGCGGGGGAGUAAAUGGCAGAGAAACUCUAAGUCCCAGAUCAGGCAGGAACAGCGGCAAAGUAUAGGAUAUAAGUGGGAUUUUAACGACCAUGGCCCUGACGGAGCUCUUCACCGGCGAGAUCGCCUCCGACUUAUGGAAAAUGCUGGUAACGAUUACCCGCAAAGCCCUCCGGUGCAAGUCGAGCGCGGAGCAGUUAAUAACCUACAUCAGGGAGAUCCUUCCGAUGAUCGAGGAGAUAAAAUACUCCGGCGUGGAGCUGCCGGCGCCGCGGCAGUCGCAGCUGGACCGCCUCUCGGAGAUUCUCCGGUCCGGCGUGGAGCUCUCGCACCAGGCCCUCUCCUCCUCGCGCUGGAACGUCUACCGCAACUUCCAGCUGGCUAAGAAAAUGGAGAAGCUCGAGAAGCACGUCACGAAUUUCCUGCAGGUUCCCAUGCAGGCGCACAUACUCGCCGACGUGCACCAUGCGCGGUUUGAGAUGGCGGAGCGGUUCGACCGGGUGGAGGCCUCGAACCGGAGGAUGGAGCGCUUCCUCGGGGAGAUGAAGAUCGGCGUCAACGGCGGCGGGUGGGUGGAGGAGGCUGUGAGGAGUAUGCAGGAGGAUGAGACGUGGGUGGAGGGGUGUAAUGGGAAUAAUAGUUUCGGGGUUGGGUUGGAUUUCGGGAAGAACAAGGUUUUGGAGAUGAUUUUCAUGAGAAAUGAUGUUUCGGUUGUCGGGAUUUGUGGGAUUGGUGGGUCCGGGAAAACCACCCUCGCUCGAGAGCUCUGCAGAGAUGACCAUGUUCGAUGUUAUUUCAAGGAGAGAAUCUUGUUUCUGACUGUGUCGCAGUCUCCAAAUGUGGAGCAGCUGAGAGCGAGGAUCUGGGGACACAUCAUGGGGAGCCAAGGUUUUCAUGGCAAUUAUGUGGUUCCGCAAUGUAUGCCGCAGUUUGAGUGCAAAGGGGAAGCUCAAGUUCUGGUUGUUCUUGAUGAUGUGUGGUCUCUCUCCGUGCUGGAGCAGCUUGUGUGGAAAAUUCCUGGCUGCAAAUUCCUUGUGGUGUCCAGAUUCAAAUUCCCAACAAUUUUUAACACCACUUAUCAGGUGGAAUUGUUGGGUGAAGAGGAUGCACUCACUUUGUUCUGUCACCAUGCCUUUGGACAGAAAUCUAUUCCUUUGGGUGCUAAUGUGAAUUUGGUCAAGCAGGUUGUGGCUGAGUGUGGAAAGCUUCCACUGGCUCUGAAGGUGAUUGGAGCUUCUUUGCGCGACCAGAAUGAAAUGUUUUGGUUGAGUGUUAAAACCAAGCUAUCUCAAGGUCAAAGCAUUGGUGAAUCCUAUGAAAUCAAUCUGAUUGAUAGAAUGGCAAUCAGUACUAACUACCUGCCAGAAAAGAUCAAGGAGUGUUUCUUGGACCUGUGCUCUUUUCCUGAGGAUAGAAAGAUUCCUCUUGAAGUUCUAAUCAACAUGUGGGUUGAAAUCCAUGACAUUCACGAAACGGAAGCUUAUGCCAUUGUGGUGGAGCUAUCAAACAAGAACCUUCUUACCUUAGUGAAAGAGGCACGUGCCGGUGGUAUGUAUAGCAGUUGCUUCGAGAUUUCUGUCACUCAACAUGAUAUACUGAGGGACCUUGCUCUUAUUUUGAGCAAACGUGGCAGCAUCCAUGAACACCGAAGGCUAGUUAUGCCAAAACGAGAAGAAAAUGGACUUCUCCCUAGAGAGUGGUCAAGAUGCAAGGACCAACCCUUUGAAGCUCAGAUUGUUUCAAUCAACACAGGUGAAAUGACCGAAAUGGACUGGUUUGAACUGGAUUUCCCCAAGGCUGAAGUGUUGAUUAUCAAUUUUGCAUCCAGUGAUUACUUUUUACCUCCCUUCAUGAAUAGAAUGCCAAAUUUGAGGGCAUUGAUAAUAAUAAACUACAGUACCUCAUACGCUCGCCUUCAUAAUGUUUCAGUUUUUAGGAAUUUGACCAACUUGAGGAGUUUGUGGCUUGAAAAGGUUUCCAUCCCUCAGUUAUCAGGCACUGUCUUGAAAAACUUGGGCAAAUUGUUUAUAGUUCUCUGCAAGAUUAACAACAGUUUGGAUGGGAAAGGGUUCCCUAACCUCUCUGAGCUCACCCUUGAUCACUGUGAUGAUCUAACUCACAUUCCCUCAAGCAUUUGUGGAAUGAAGUCACUCCAGAACUUGAGUCUCACGAACUGCCACAAUUUGACCCAACUGCCAGAUGAAUUUGGCAAACUAAGAUCCCUAGAGAUCCUCCGUUUAUAUGCUUGUCCAAAUCUAGAAACACUUCCCACUAGCAUGUGUGACAUGAAGAGAUUGAAGUAUAUUGAUAUUUCUCAAUGUGUUAACCUCACAUGCUUCCCUAACGAGAUUGGUAGAUUAGUAAGCUUGGAGAAGAUUGACAUGAGGGAGUGCCCCAUGAUUAGGUAUUUACCAAAAUCUGCAGUGUCAUUGCAAUCUCUGCAGCUUGUAAUUUGUGAUGAGGAAGUAUAUGGGAUGUGGAGAGAUGUUGAGAUGGCCAAGCCAAAUCUCCAUAUUCAAGUAUCAGAACAGUACUUUGAUCUGGAUUGGCUUCAAGAGUGAUACGUUAUUGUGAUGUUGUUGUUCACAAUUCGUUGUAUAUACUUGUUCAUAGCCUCAAUUAUGAAAAGGAAAAUUUUCUUUUUCCAGAAGUGAUGGUGAAAA